GUCACUGCCACGAUUGGACACAUCACUGUCGUGACAGGGAAUGUCAUUGCCCUGCCCCUGUGUACCUACAGAAAACUGCUUCAUACGACAGAAGAAGGACAAUCCCACCACGGUCAACGAGCGCAUCGAUCUUGCCUGCAAGCCAGGGGUGGAUUAUGUGUACAAAGUGAAGGUGGUGGCAACGGAGGAGACGCCGUCCCACGACAACUACAUCGUGACCAUCCUCUCCGUCAUCAAGAUGGGUACGAGCAACCUGGGGACAUGGGGACAAGGUCACCUGGAGGGACCUGGGAGUGUCACCCAGGGCUGGGGACACCCCAGUGGGUUGGGGACACCCAAGGGUGCGUGGGGACACCACGAGGUUUGAUGUCACCCAAAAUGGGUUGGGGACACCAUGAGGUUUGGUGUCACCCAGGUGGGUUGGGGUCAUACAAGAAUGCUUGGGGACACCAUGAGGUUUGAUGUCACCCAGGUGGCUUGGGGACACCCAAAGGUGCUUGGGGACACCGUGAGGUUUGGUGUCACCCAGGUGGGUUGGGGUCACUCAAGGUUGCUUCGGGACUCCACGAGGUUUGGUGUCACCCAAAAUGGGUUGGGGACACCAUGAGGUUUG